AUGCUCACAAGUGCAGAACCCACUUUGGUGCCUCAAGUUGAAAAAGCUGCACCUGAAUGUGCACCGCCGUAUCUCCAUAUCCCUUGGUUUCCAACUCUAUGUAGUAAGACAACGGACGUAUGCAUAGAUGGUGCAUGUGCUUAUAACAGCGAAGGAGAACCAGAAAGAGGGGUAGGAGUUUGGUUUGGCCGGGACCAUCCUUCGAAUACAUCAAAACCGGCGCAGGGUCGCCAAAAUAAUAACUCGGCUGAAAUACAAGCCGCAACCGAUGCUGCACAAAAAGCACUUGAAAAGGGAAUAGGAAAACUGAGCAUCUUUAUCGGUUCAAAGUUUCUCAUAGACAGUUUCCCUCGAGGACAUCGUCAAUAUUAG